AAGCGCAGCCCUGGUGAGCGAUGGCUUAUUCGUGGUCCUAUGGAAUACGUACCGCCUGUCGAGGUGAAGGUAAUCUGCAAACGAUCGUCCAUUCCACUGGAUGAAAAUGAGGGCAUAUAUGUGCUAAACACAACGACUGGGCGUAUACGAGCCGUCAUAGGCAACUCGUACAUGUUGAAUCACGAGGAAGAAUUAUGGGCCAAGCCUUUGCCGCUAGCUGUUCAACGAAUGCUUGCCGGCGGCAAGGAUCCCUUGGCCGAUCGCAGUUCUUAUCAGCACCAGACCGCGACUCCGGAAAAUCCUCUUCCUCAGUUAGAUCUGACCCGAGUGGUCAGUUUUAGAGUGCCGCAUAAUGCUGCUGUGAGGAUCUAUGAUUAUUCGCGAAAGCUGGCGCGAAUCAUCUUUGGACCAGAUCUCGUGAUGCUUGGGCCCGAUGAGCAUUUCACAAUACUGAGCUUGAGUGGAGGUAAACCGAAACAGCCUGGCAUGAUAAGCUCGAUCUGCCUUCUGCUUGGGCCCGACUUCUGUACCGACGUUAUAGUUGUUGAGACAGCUGAUCACGCUCGACUGUCGCUGCAGCUCUCCUAUAAUUGGGGCUUUAUGGCAGACCGCAGCUCGAGUGUGGAACAUGCAGCUAAGUUGUUUUCAGUACCUGAUUUUGUCGGAGACAUGUGUAAAGCCGUGGCGUCUCGCAUUCGUGGGAAUGUGGCAUCCGUUUCGUUCGACGACUUUCAUAAGGUAGGUGGGUCCUCGAUUCACUCAGCAUAA